UUGUGAUCGACAAAAAGUAAUUGUUGCUGCUGUCGUUGUUUCAUCAUUAUCAUCAUCAUCAUCGAUUGCAGCAAUUAAUCGAUCUGCCAACUUUAUUAUCGUACAGAAUGAAGUAUUGGCAAACAAUGGUCAAUGAACAUUAUGAUCACUAUCUUCGCCAUAAACAACAUCAAAAACCAUUCCGAUCACAACAACCACAACAACAAACUCUUCAACAGCGAUCUACAGCAACAAAUGGAUCAAUUUAUCACAAUUAUGAAAAUAACAACAAUGGUCAACGAUUCAAUGUUUUACCGAAUGGUCAUUAUCAACAUCAUCAAUCAGGACAACAACAACGUUUGGGUUCUACAUCGACCAUAUUAUCAUCAACAUUAUCAUCAUUACCAUCAAGUGGUGCAACAAAUAAUUCAAAUACAUCACCAACAAAUCAUCCUAAUCGUGAUCAUCCUCACCAUUUCUCUAAUACAUCAUUUACAAAUGAUGGCAACAUUAUGGAUCUGGUUCAAGUGGAUGUUGAUUCACCUACCAAAAAAUCCACAUCUUUCAUUACUGAUCAAAUUGUCAAACAACAAUCAAACAAUGGUUCGGCUACGAUUAUUCAAAGAAUGGAACAAUCAUGGUCACCACAAUCAUCACCAUCAUCAUCAACAGAACAUUGUAGCUCUCAGAAUAAUCAUAUGGGCCAGAAUCAAAUUAUGAUGAAUACAACGGCCAAGAAUCGUAAUCCAUUGAGAUCCAUAUUGAAGAAUGCUAAAGUUAGCCCACCACCACCACCAUUACAGCAACAUAAUGUCAACAUUAUGACAAAUGAAACAUCAAAAUCAUCAACAAAUUCUCAUUCAACAAUAAUAAUGACUACUAGUGAUCGAUCACAGCCUAAAUUUGGUAUAUUAAAAAAACCACCAAUUCAAAUACCGGAAGAAAUAUCUAUCUGUAAUGGAAAUGGUUUAAUGCGACGAAAAUCCAGUGAUCAUUAUGAUGAAAGCGAAACAAGUGAAAGUGUAAGUCUCAAUCAAAGCAAAAUAUCUGGCCGAAAAAAUUUGCUCAAAUUUUUUCUUCGUGGUGGUGGUGGUGGUGGUGUUAAUAAAUGCCAAGAAAAUACCGAUAUUAAAGCUGAUCAUUAUGUGAAUUAUAGUGCCAAAAAACUUUCAUUAUCAUCGUUAUCAUCCAAUAACAGUGUCACAACAAUGGAUGGUGAUAAAUCUCAAAAUUCAAUAACCAAUAUUUCACCAUCACCGAUCGUACGAUUCCAAGUGGAUUCACCAACAAGUAGUAGCAAUAAUACUAAUGUUAGCAAUAAUACAAUUAAAGAACAACAACAACAACAUAUCUUUCCAGGACAUGAUGAUGAUUCAAAAGUCUUUGGAAAUCAAUCAAUUCAGAAGGAUCAAAUCUCCUCCAAUUCGAUCGCAUUGAUGGAAUCGAUGGGCCAGACGAUAGAUCAACAAACAAAGCUGAAUUUGGCCAAUGAUAAGCUCAAUCAAUCGCAAACCGAUUCCAUUGAUGUUUAUAAGGAUAAAAAUCCUUUACAGUUGUCCGUCAACUAUCUACAAGUGCCAUCAUCUGUAUUACAGCCAUCAGCUGUAGUACCAUUAUCUUCAUCAUCAUUACCUUCAACCUCACCAAUAUUGUCCAUGAAAACGCAACAACAAUCCACUGAGACAACAUCAGAUAUAACGACCGUGCCAUCAAUGCCAACAAGCCAAACGAAUCAACAACAACAAUCGUUACCAACAAACGUGCUUCCACCAACACAACAGCCACGAAGACCUAGAGCGACCGGUUGGGGCCGUUUUAGUUUACCAAGAUCAUCACAACCAGCAGCAACCAUUGCCGGACAAUCAUCAAAUCUACAUCGUCCAUCGACAAUCACGCAAACGUCAUCAGCAACCACGUUAACAUCCACACCAUAUUAUAUGAGUGGAAUUCCUUCUGCAACUGGUGCACGUGUAUCAGAUCUAAGAAAGAUUCUCAAUCCUGAAGUAGAAAAAGAGGAUUCAUUCAAAAAAUUCACCGAGGCUGUUGAAAAUUGUGAUUGUUUUGAAUUCAAUUUAAAUAAUGCUGCCAAAUUGAUAACCAUUCUUGUAUUGUUGGCUACAUUCAUAUUGGUUAUAAAAGCAUUGAAAGGCGAUCGUUAAAAAAAAAUUCUAUUUUUAAAUGCCAUUCAUGUCCUUUUCAUCACUUGAUGUUUCAACCGCCAAUACAAUACAAUAUCUAUAACAGAAUUAAAUUGUCCAAAACGAAAAAAAAAAUUUACACACCUACAC